CUUUAAAAAGCCAGCAGCAUCGUAGCUUAGCCCCAGCUGGUUGAUAGGAGAUAUAUCACGACAUAACAAAAAAACCUGUAUAUCCUGACAUCCAGACCAGGGGUAGGUGUGUGCAGUGUAAAUAUACAUAUACACCGUGUCUGUGCUGCCAGUGCAUACACUGUAUAUGAAUAUUUGUAUGAUGUUUAUUCAGAGACACAAACAUUGUGUGUAGCUGUGUGUUUCUGUCUGUGUCUUUCUGUUUAUUAUCUAUAACAAAUGUGUGACGUUUAUUUGUGCAUGGAAAUGUGACUGAUCGACAGACUGUCUGUCUCAUUCCACACAUCUGUCUCUGUGUGUUUAUAUAAGUGUUAUAUACGUAAUAUAUGUAUAUGGGGAUUUUUGUGUUUAUGUAUGUAAUCCCUGUAUGGGGUUUGUGCAUAUGUGUCUUCAUCUCUACGAGUGACAUUUGUGUCUGUCUGUCUGUUUGUCAAUGUAUGUAAUGCGUUUUAUGUCAUUUUCUUUUCUUGUAUGUGUAUAGCAGGGGUGGGGAAUAUUUUGGACUACACCUCCCUUGAUGCUUUGCCAUCAUUAUGGCCUCAAGAGCAUCAUGGGAGAUGUAGUCCAAAACACCUGGAGGGCCAAAGGUUCCCCACCCCUGGUGUGUAGUGUUUGUUAUUUAUUUUGCAUUCACAUCUUUGUUUAUACAGUGAUUUAACAGGAAUAAUGCAUUUACUCACUAAACCAAUUCUAAAUUGGAGUUGACAAGAGAACUGUGAAUUUCAGGCAAACAUAGCCAAGCAGGAAAAAUAGACUACUUGGCAAAUUUUUCCAUACUGGUAUCUUUUUGACCUAACGUUUAUAAUUCUCUCAUCUGUUGCCCACAAUUCCAGUUUUAGUAAAUAACCCCAGUGAGGUUUUUACAAGUGUACAGUGUUUACAAGUAUGUCCUGAAAAUGGUGCAACGUGGAGUAAUUGCGUGUUUGAUGAGGUCAGCAUGACAUCAGCCAUACUCAUUUUAUGAAAAUGGUCCCCUUCAACCCUGCAUUAUAAAAUCAUAGAAUAAUGAAUAACCCUGAGUGCUAAUUGUUCUUCAGAACACUAUUUUCCAUAUCAUAAAUAUUUUUGAAUUACACUGAACAAAAUUAUAAACGCAGCACUCCAUUUUUCAUGAGCUGAACUCAAACAGACUAUGUACAAAAAGGCCUAUUUCUAUCAAAUAUUGUUCACAAAUCUGUCUAAAUCUGUGUUAGUCAGCACUUCUCCUUUGCCGAGAUAAUCCAUCCACCUUACAGGUGUGGCAUAUCAAGAUGCUGAUUAGACAGCACGAUUAUUGCAAAGGUGUGCCUUAGGCUGGCCACAAUAAAAGGCCACUCUAAAACGUGGAGUUUUAUCACACAACACAAUGCCACAGAUGUUGCAAAUCUUGAGGGAACGUGCAAUUGGCAUGCUGACUGAAGCAAUGUCCACCAGAGCAGUUGCCCGUGAAUUGAAUGUUCAUUUCUCUACCAUAAGCCGUUUCCAAAGGCGUUUCAGAGACUUUGGCAGUACAUCCAACAGGUCUCACAACUGCUCACCAUGUGUAACCACACCAGCCCAGGACCUCCACAUCCAGCAUCUUCACCUCCAAGAUCGUCUGAGACCAGCCACCCGGACAGCUGCUGCAACAAUCGGUUUGCAUAACCAAAGAAUUUCUGCACAAACUGUCAGAAACUGUCUCAGGAAAGCUCAUUUGCAUGCCCGUUGUCCUUGUCGUCGUAACUGACUUGAGUGGACAAAUGCUCACAUUCGAUAGCGUCUGUCAUUUUGGAGAGGUGUUCUCUUCACAGAUGAAUCCCGGUUUUCACUGUACAGGGCAGAUGGCAGACAGCGUGUAUGGCAUUGUGUGAGUGAGCAGUUUGCUGAUGUCAACAUUGUGGAUCGAUUGGCCCAUGGUAGCGGUGGGGUUAUGGUAUGGGCAGGCAUAUGUUAUGGACAAUGAACACAGGUGCAUUUUAUUGAUACUGUGAGAUACUGUGAUGAGAUCCUGAGACCCAUUGUUGUGCCAUUCAUCCACGACCAUUCCUUCAUGUUGCAGCAUGAUAAUGCACGACCCCAUGUUGGAAGGAUCUGCACACAAUUCCUGGAAACUGAAAACAUCCCAGUUCUUGCAUGGACAGCAUACUCACCGGACAUGUCACCUGUUGAGCAUGUUUGGGAUGUUCUGGAUCAGCGUAUACGACAGCGUGUUCCAGGUCCUUCCAAUAUUCAGCAACUUCACACAGCCAUUGAAGAGGAGUGGACCAACAUUCCACAAGCCACAAUCAACAAUCUGUUAAACUCAAUGCGAAGGAGAUGUGAUACACUGCGUGAGGCAAAUUAUGGGCACACCAGAUACUGACUGAUUUUUGGACCCCCCCUGGACUUGUCCAAUAUAGUAAAACUGCACAUUUUAGAGUGGCCUUUUAUUGUGGCCAGCUUAAGGCACACCUGUGCAAUAAUCAUGCUGUGUAAUCAACAUCUUGAUAUGCCACACCUGUGAGGUGGAUGGAUUAUCUCGGCAAAGGAAUAGUGCUCACUAACACAGAUUUAGACAGAUUUGUGAACAAUAUUUAAUAGAAAUAGGCCUUUUUGUACAUAGAAAAAGUCUUAGAUCUUUGAGUUCAGCUCGUAAAAAAUGGGGGAAAAAACAAAAGUGUUGCGUUUAUAAUUUUGUCCAGUGUAUUUAACUGUGUUUGGCAAACAUUUCUGCUGGUGGGUUAUUCCAAGAAGUAUGGAGUCUGGCCCACUCCAUGCGUAAUGUGUCUUUCAAUUUACAUCAACAUAAUUUACAAUCUGAAUAAUCAGAAAGCAGUAACAAGACAUUGGCAGUCAAUUACAAGAAUGCUCCUGGGCUCUCGGGGAAAGUCAUAUGAAAACACUUGGGCAAUCCUUCAAUAGAGACAGCCUUUCGACUGCUUCCAUGCAUAGCACUGUGAUUGAUAUACCUUCUAAGUGUCCCUAUUUAGUUGGGACAGUGCCUAUUUCUGGCCAAAAUCCCUCUGUGCCUCUUUUAUAAGAGCUCCAUAUUGUUGGUGUGUCUGUUUAUAACAGAGCUCCACAGCAAUAAUACUCCCAUUAAUGUGUCUUUAAACUACAAUAAAUGUGUUUAGAAACCAGUCUGUGUAAAUAAGAUACAUUACUCGUGUUACACUUUAGUUGCAUAAAAUGUUAUUAAAGGGAUACUAAAGUCACCAGAACAACUCAGGCUUUUUGCAGUAAACACUGUAUUUUCAGAGAAAAGGUAGUGUUUACAUUACAACCUAGGGAUACCUCCACAAGCCACUCCUCAUUUGACUACUAAAGGUGCUUACUGUGGUAGUGCUGCACAGUCUGACUGGCAUUCAGUGUCUCUGCCCUCUGCAUGGGGACACUGAAAUUUCCUCAUAGAGAUGCAUUGAUUCGAUGUAUCUCUAUCAGGAGAUAAUGAUUGGCCAGGGCAGUGUUUGACUUGUGCUGGCUCUGUCCCUGAUCUGCCUCUUUGACAAGCUCAGCCAAUCCAAUGCUUUCCUAUGUGAAAGCAUUGUGAUAGGCUCAAAUCACCACUUCUGAUGAUGUCAGCCAAGCAGGCAGAUCAGGGCCAGAGCCAGUAGCAGCAGACUUGAAAACAAGUAAGAUUUUCUUAUAUUUAGGGGCAAGGGGAGCCAGGGGGGCUAGAUUGAGUUUUUACACAUGUUUGUGUUCCUGACCCUAUAGUGUUCCUUUAAGCCAACUAAAAUUUCUCAUAACAGCCCUGCCCCUAAACACCCCCACCACUGCUCUUAUGUCCAUUUGAAAUUUUAGGAGCUAUGGCUAAGUAAUUUAUAUAGGAUAUAUAGAAACUGGCUUGCACUCACGUUAAAACGAUAUCUUUAUUGCAAAUUCAUAAAAACUCUGAUCAACGUUUCAGCCCCCUUCUGUGGCUUUCCUCAGGAUCAUACAAACAUAAGUAAUUAUAUGGCAUGGCAUUUACAGUAAAUAAAAAAAGUGAAAAAUAAAAACUACUGAGAAUUGUAAUAAAGUAAAAGCACAAACCAUAUAUAGAUUGAAUAAAUCCAAGUAGUGAAAUAGUUGUAUUAUUAAUAUAUGUGUUCCCAUUAUUACCAUAUCAGAUUACUAUAGUUUAAUCAAACAGUGGUCUAAAUUUUAUAUUUUUGGAUAUGCUCUCCAUAGACGUUAAUGGUAACUUCUAUAGAUAAAUAAUUUGGCACGUUUUGCAGAUUUUGAUCAUUGGAAAAGCUUAUCCAGAAAUAUUGAAAACAGAAUCAAGGCCAAUGUUAGGCAGGUGAAUGGUGCACAUGAAACUGACUUAAUAUCAAUAAUGCUACUGCCUUUUGCAAUAUCUUUCCUAGAAUAAUGGUGAUAUAUAUAAAAGUUGCUCUGGGUCAAAAUUCUAAAAUAGGAACAAUAAGUACCAACAGUCCAUUGGUUUCCAUGGCAACUGCAAUUUAGAACUUUGCACCAGAGUUCAUUACACGGAUAACUACCAUGGAUUCCAUGGAGACCUGUUCUUCCAAACACCAUUAAUACGCUACAGGACAUUCAAUGAAAGGAAACCACACAAAUACGUGUCUAAAUUAGAAAUAAGGAGGCCUCAAAAUCCCUCAAUGUACAGUAUACAGUAGAAAGCAGAGAAGGGAUAUGGGUGACGUGAUGGAAACUUCCAAAUAUCUCUAGGGACUUAAAGUUCAUAGAGGAAAGCUAAAACCAGAGGAUAUCACUUGAAGUUGGAGGAAGGGAGAUAUAUGAGUAAAUGUAGGAAUUAAUUUGCCGCAGAAUUAGUUUAUUCCCUAAACACUUGAAGGAACACUCCAAGCACAGGACCACUUCAGCUAAGGGUGCCCUGGUAGCCCACAAGUAGCCCCCAGUAAUCUGUUUGCUAACAAUUUGACAACUUUGUCUUGUGUUAGCCAGGCACUGGUGACUUCCUCCAUUGAGGACAGAAAGCUCCUCCACUGAGCUAAGUUCUGCAGUGCAGUGCCAGCUCAUUGACUGAGAUAAAACUCAGCCAAUGAGCUAAGCCCUGAACGGCCAGGUUUAGUUCAAUGCAUAGUGCCUCUGGUUCUCAUGUAGCCCCAUGUAGCCAAGCGCAGCUAAGCGAAAAAAGGCCUUGACAGGGGUUAGGAGGCGGGCUUAGGAGGAAGUAAGCAAGGGAGUGGAGUUAUGGGUAAGUAGGUUUGGUUAUUUAAAUGGGCAGCCAUUUUAUGUAAGUCAUUCUAAUUUCCUACCUGGUUAAGUUUGUCCCUCCCACCCUCCCUGUUUUGUUAUGUGUGGUUUUGUCCCGUUUUUUCACAGCGGCGGGAUGGGGAGCUGAAGGAAAGGAAAUAGGCUCCCCAGGAUGAACGUAAUGGAAAAUAAACAAGUGGUGGUCAUUGGUGGUUGAUAGGUUUCGAGUCCUGUCGGUGGCUCAGAACCUGGUGGGGUAGGGGUAUCCGGGUAUACCCCUGCCGUGGCUAAUGGAUGGUUGGCACUUUACAUCGAUUGGAAUAAUGUUGAUGUAUGUUAUGUAUAUAUAUAUAUGUUUAUUUACAUGGGGGUCAUUGCCCUUUAUAUGUUAAUGGAAGGAAUAGGAUGCGAGGGCGGAGUAUGGGGGGCAAUGACCCAUGUUUUACUUAUUAAGUUGUUAUUAUUAUUAUUAUUAUUGUUAUUAUUAUUAUUGUUUGCUCAAUAAAGCUGUGGACAAAUUUCCCCAUAUCCCUUAGUGUCCGUGCGUUAUUGGGUUAGGUUAUGGGGUAAUUGUCCUGGAUUCCCACUGCCCAAAAUGGAGACUAUACACCUGUCAUGGAGGAGGUGACCAGAUUCCAGCAGGCCCCAGGGAACUCUUUUAACCAUAACCAUAACAGAUAGAUGUAAACUGGUUAUAUUUAAAAGAAGAAAAACUACCACAACAAGAGGACACAGUCUUAAAUUAGAGGGGCAAAGGUUUAAAAAUAAUAUCAGGAAAUAUUACUUUACUGAGAGGGUAGUGGAUGCAUGGAAUAGCCUUCCAGCUGAAGUGGUAGAGGUUAACACAGUGAGGGAGUUUAAGCAUGCGUGGGUUAGGCAUAAGGCUGUCCUAACUAUAAGAUAAAGCCAGGGACUAAUGAAAGUAUCUAGAAAUGUAGGCAGACGAGAUGGGCCGAAUGGUUCUUAUCCGCUGUCACAUUCUAUGUUUCUAGUUUUCAUAGAACAUAGGUUAAAUUAACCAGAAUUAAAGAUGUUCUAUCAUAUCAAUAUUAACAUUUAAUUUUCUGUUCUAUUUCCAGGACCCAGAAGCAGCAUAACUCAUUCUAAAAAGGUUACUUUUAGUAACCUGCAACCACCACACAUCUUACAUUCGCAGUACAAAUAUAUUGACUAAUCUCAAUGCCUGUCGCUGUGCCAUCCUUAAACUCUGACGCCGGUGAGUAUGAAGAAUUCAUAGAAAAGAAGUAAGCUCUCUCUAUAACUUCUCCUAUUACUCCAUGUGACCUCUCCCUGUAACUCCUCCUAUUACUCCACAUAAACUUACUCUAUAACUCCUACUAUUUCUCCAUAUAACCUCUCCCUAGAACUCCUCCUAAUACUCCAUUUAACCAUUCUCUAUAACUCCUCCUAUUACACCAUAUAACCUCUCCCUAUAACUUCUCCUAUUACUCCAUAUAACCUCUCACUAUAACUUCUCCAAUUACUCCAUGUAGCCUCCCUCUAUAACUCCUCCUAUUACUCCAUAUAACCUCUCCCUAUAACUCCUGUUACUCUAUGUAACCUCUCCCUAUAACUCCUCCUAUUACUCCAUAUAACCUCUCUCUUUAACUCCUCCUAUUACUCCAUAUAACCUCUCCCUUUAACUCCUCCUAUUACUCCAUGUAACCUCUCCCUAUAACUCCUGUUACUCCAUAUAACCUCUCGCUAUAACUAUUCUUAUAAUCCCAUAUAAUCUCUCUAUAUCUCCUCCUAUUACUCCAUAUAACCUCUCUCUAUAACUCCUCCUAUUACUCCAUAUAACCUCUCCCUAUAACUCCUCCUAUUACUACAUAUAACCUCUCUCUAUAACUCCUCCUAUUACUCCAUAUAACCUCUCUCUAUAACUCCUCCUAUUACUCCAUAUAACCUCUCCCUAUAACUCCUCCUAUUACUCCAUAUAUCCUCUCUCUAUAACUCCUCCUAUUACUCCAUAUAACCUCUCCCUAUAACUCCUCCUAUUACUCCAUAUAACCUCUCCCUAUAACUCCUCCUAUUACUCCAUAUAACCUCUCCUAUAACUCCUCCUAUUACUCCAUAUAACCUCUCUCCUAUAACUCCUCCUAUUACUCUAUAUAACCUCUCCCUAUAACUCCUCCUAUUACUCCAUAUAACCUCUCCCUAUAACUCCCCCUAUUACUCCAUAUAACCUCUCCCUAUAACUCCUCCUAUUACUCCAUAUAACCUCUCCCUAUAACUCCUCCUAUUACUCCAUAUAACCUCUCUCUAUAACUCCUCCUAUUACUCCAUAUAACCUCUCCCUAUAACUCCUCCUAUUACUCCAUAUAACCUCUCUCCAUAUAACCUCUCUAUAACUCCUCCUAUUACUCCAUAUAACCUCUCCCUAUAACUCCUCCUAUUACUCCAUAUAACCUCUCCCUAUAACUCCUCCUAUUACUCCAUAUAACCUCUCUCUAUAACUCCUCCUAUUACUCCAUAUAACCUCUCUCUAUAACUCCUCCUAUUACUCCAUAUAACCUCUCCCUAUAACUCCUCCUAUUACUCCAUAUAGCCUCUCCUAUAACUCCUCCUAUUACUCCAUAUAACCUCUCUCUAUAACUCCUCCUAUUACUCCAUAUAACCUCUCCCUAUAACUCCUCCUAUUACUCCAUAUAACCUCUCUCUAUAACUCCUCCUAUUACUCCAUAUAACCUCUCCCUAUAACUCCUCCUAUUACUCCAUAUAACCUCUCCCUAUAACUCCUCCUAUUUUCUAUACAAUUAAUCCCACCUCUUUCCUUUAUGAUCCACACAGGCCUUCCAUCUUUAUGCUCUUAUUCUAUUUUGUUCUUGUUUCUCUCCGUCUCAUUAUUCCCCUGCUUUGUGCUGGUUCAGUAACUAGAUUUAUCACUAUUUUGAGUUUAAUUAUCGCCAGUUCUUUCACCCCUUCUUUCUUGUUACACUCUCUUUUUCUCCAAUAAAUCCCCCCCCACCGUCAUCCUUUCCCUAUGCCUUCUCGCUCUCUCUGUCUGCACCCUCCGUGCUCUUGUCACAAUGUGCAGUGACUUCUAUGUGACAGGACCCCAGUGAGCCUGAGGAGGGGGCUCACCAUCCAGGCAUGUAUUAAUAAACAUGCCCCAGUUAACCUGUAAAUUAUGCACAGAAAAGGCAACACCCAAUUCCAAAAUAAUAGCUCUUUUAGCACAUAUAUAUAUAGAUUGCCAUCAUAUUUUAACAACACAAAUUGCAUCUGUCGGCCUAUAUUUGUCUGUCUGUCCUUCUAUCCAUUCGUUUAGCUGCGCUCUUUCACUUCAAUAGCAGAAAUGUGUACACAUUCAUCAAAUCUGGAUGUGUAAAUUCAGGAAAUUCAAGGGUUAAAGCUCCUAGCAUGCAGGCUGGUACCCAUCCUGUAUAAUCCCUGGGUUACCAUGGAAACUAGCAGUGAUGCUCAAAGCACCAGAGCCUUAAAGGGGCCCUGACAAAGUGUGGGGGGGUUGUGGAAGUGUGACUGCUAAAUAGAGAAAUAGAUAAGAAUUAUUAUGAUUCCAGCCUCCCCACCAGAAGCUCCUGAAAUGUUCACCUUUUUCUUCUUCAUUAUUUGGCAUUUUUACAGGUAACAGCUAUUUAACCCCUUAACGAAGGCUAGAAAUGGUCCGAAAGGGCGAAAUGUCAUCCUCAGUAGCUGGGAGCUGUCACCAUAUCUGUCCCCAUCCCUGUGUAUCAUUAUCUGACUUCCUCUCUCCUUGCCUGGGAAGGCACAGCUUCUGGCUGGGGAGGCUGGUGUGGUGACACAGGGGGAGGGUGAUUCAGACAGUUAGAGUGGAGCAGGGAGAAGGACUGGGAGAAGGCAGAGUGAGUCUCAGGAAUUGGGUGAAGGAGAACCUCUAGAGUGAUAAGGUGUGAGGGGCAAGGGUCAGAGAGACGCAGCAAAAGAAAGGGGGAAAAUAGAGUUAAGGAACAGGAAGACAGCUACCCCCUGUUAUGGCCAGUCCUGUAAGUGGGGUCUCUCUAGAGGGGGUGUCUCUGGAUUCUGCAGACGAGUCUGACUUACACAGAGAAGGUAACUGAAUGUUAACCUCCCCAUUUUUCCCUAUAUACCCCAACACACUUCCUAGAAGCCCCCCUUCCCCGCCUCCCCAUCUCUCCACCUCAACUGCAUCAUAAAGUCACCAAACUACCUGCAUCUUCUAGGUACCUUUUCCACCUCCCCAAUUCUACCACUGCAAUUCCUAACCGGUACUCCCCCAUACUCCUAUAUUGAAGCAUUUUUCUCGUACAGUGUCUAUUUUAUAUGUCCCACCCAUCUGCCCUUAUACAACCCCAGCAUUUAUCAUUUGUCCAACUCAAGUACUUGUGAUCCUUCCAUAAUAUCUGACCCCUUUUAGAGUUCAAAUAACACAGUUGUAUUAUUUGUAUUAUCUGUUAAUCGCCAUCCCAUUUUUUCUCUUAAAACCCUAUCUAGACGGGGUCUCCAUUUACUCCAUGUUUUUGGAUUUAUUAUUUGCCUGCUUCUCCAACACCGAAUACGUGCUGCUAUAAGCUCCAAAUGCUAUAACUACCAUAAAAGACCGGUUCAUUUUUAUAAGGACUGUUUAUAGUCCUCAUACACUUCAGUUACAAUCUACCCCAGGCAGCCACUAAUUUUAAUCACAAUCCCACCAUCUGUCCAUUUCAUAUAGUCAACAGCAAUGCCUUAAAAGUCCAAAUCCUUCAUAGGUAUGGUCACUGUCAUGAUUUGUGUCUCUACACCUGUCUUUACUUCCCAAAGUAACAUCUACCCUGUACAGCCCCCAGCAUCUUCUACCUAUGGUAAAAAAUACCCUGUACUUCGUGUAUCUUCUGCUGUAUAUAGUCAGCAAAGAGUAAUAAUAAUAGUAUAUCACAAUGCUAUAGCCUGUGUACUAUACUAGCUUACCCUAGGGGUAGACAACCUUCGGCACUCCAGAUGUUGUGGACUACACCUUUCAUAAUGCUCUUACAACCAUAAUGCUGGCAAAGCCUCAGCGGAGAUGUAAUCCACAAAAUCUAGAGUGCCAAAGGAUGCCUACCCCUUUCCCUCCAGUAAUCAGCUACAUUAUAAUUUGAGCUUCUGCAAUUUUCAACAUGCUUCUGUCUCACAUAAUGGACAUUAUCCGUCUACUAUCUACGCCAUAUGGUAACAUCGAACUUCAGCAACCUUCAUACAGUAACUAUCUACCCUACAACAUCACACAACUACUUUACAUGGUAACACCUAAACUUUACUGAAAACAUCUUGCACAAUCUGAACACUUCCACCCACAACUACCAAAUAAAUUCACUUUUCACAUCCACUCGUUUUUAUAUCAUUCUUAUUUUAGUUAUCUAAAAACCACAUAUGCUCAUUGACCUCCUACCCAGUAUUAUACUAAUACUACUAGAUACCAUCAACCCCUUGUGUCUGCUUAGCUGAAACACUGCUUUCUACUCAAUAAUUGAAUUACAACUACAAUUUAUGUUUGCAUCAUUGCUCUUCGUUUGGCUGACAUGAUGAGUGUACGGAUUUCGGCUAAUUAGCCAUCUAAUGUUUUCCGCAGACAAUUUAAAAUUAUUGUCAUAGUAUCUCAAUGAGUCUCAGCAGGUUUUACAUGUGCUUUCAGACUCAUUGUGUGUGCCAUUGCUGUUUUGAAAAGCUAAAGAACUUUCUCAGAUGUACCAGAUACAUUUAUAUUUUUGGUACACUUUCAUAUCUUUUCUAGUGGCCAAUCAUAGACCUUAUUCUGUGUCAGUAAUUUCAUAGGUACUGCAAGUAUAUGUGCAGUGUUAUUCCAAAAUUUAGCUAAUUAAAUCAGAAAGGCAAAAUUGAAGAUUUUAAAUCAGCUGUUUUAGCUUUAAAUUUGCCAUUCACAUUGUAAUUGUUAAAAUUUAGAGAUUAGUGAAUCAUUCUGUUGAUGUCCAUUAAUGAACCAAACACCAAGCUACAAAGGUAGUUCCAAGUAUCCAUGCAUGCUUUUGAUAUGGAAUCUGAUGGCGCUAUAUAAAUAAUAAAAUAAUAAUAGUGUUUCUCUGUCUUUUUUCGUCUCUCUCUUUCGAACCUUAAGCCAUGGAGCGGGUCUUUCAGACACUUGCAGACACCCCGCCUUCUUCUGACUUGGAUCUAAUCUUUCUUAAAGGCAUCAUGGAGAGUCCAAUGGUGAGUACUUGAAAGACACAGUGGGAUCUAAAUUGGCCAAAAUAAAGCCAGUUAAAGGAAGGAAAAAGUAGAGCAUUGUAGGUUAGAAAGCAUCUAUAGAAGAUGAAAAUACAGCUCUAAGCAGACCUUGAAGAUGGCACCAUUUCAUUCAUGGAUGAAGCCAUCUUGGAAUUGAGAAACAUUUUCAAACAGUUUUGUACACCCUCCUUCCUCUUCCUUCCACUCAUGGCCCACCUGCUCUUCACAAGAUUCAAUUGUUGAAGUUGUGGAAGCUAGACAGCAAUAUUAAUUUGAAUCCUCAUCCCCUGUUAUGUGUUAUCAUGGAAAUAAAGAGUAAAACAUUUUAGAAGAUGGACAAAGAAGCCCCAAAUGUCCAAAGGAUGAUAAUGACAGGAAUGAUACAUUUCAUUAAGUAAACUCUUCAAAAAACAAAAACACUAAGUACCAAAUUGAUCUCAAAAUUAUCAAUAUGGCUUAAGCAGUUUAUAAAGUAUUACGUAAUAAGUAUUUAAAUUUGACCUUCAAACUGUUGUAGGAAGUCAGCUAGCCAUUGAAAUGUAGCUCAAGAAUAGUUCCAGCCUUAAAAAAAAAUUGCAAGGGGAAAAAAAACCAAGAAUUUUCACAUAGUAUGUUAAUACAUGGCAGAGCUAUCUGUGGAAAGAGCAACAACACAGGAAUUAACAAAAAUUUAACGUGCAUGUGGAAUGAAAAGUGAAUGUAGAGUGAAAGUGAAGGCAUCUAGUGAAAGGUUAGAGAGUACAACUAGGCAAUGUUGCGUGUGUAGUUAUAUGUAAUUUAGUUUUGUUCACUCCCAUAAUGUAUUGUCACCUAUUAAACACUAUACCCCAUUGGUCACACUUUGUUUCUACUCAAAACAUGUUUCUUGUCCUCUCCUCUCUAACAUUUUAUGGUAUUCCUGCCAAACCCUUGUACACAUCAUCCCCCACCUUCAACCCAUCUCCCCAACGACAUAACUCCUAUAUCUGUUGCCCUCUGUCCAGGCUCAUGAGCGAAUGGAAGAGACUCGUCUGGAAGCUGUGCGAGAGAACAACCUGCAAUUGGUGCAGGAGAUUCUCCAGGACAUGUCAGGAAUGAGAGAUCCAAGUGGGGCAGCAGCUGAAUUGCAGCGAAUCCUGCAGGAACCCCAUUUCCAGGUAGUAGAUCGGUAGACAGCCUUUAAUGCAUCUAAUCUUCACUCGUUUUCAAAGUCAUAUUUUUUUCUUUUUUUGUUGUUUUCAUCAAGUUUUUCCUUCACUUUUACUUUUCUUACCUUUAUUUGCAUUGCCUUUCAUUUCUCGCCAAAGGCCAUUUUUUUCUUGGAAUCUUCUUUUCAAUUCUAUUCUGUCCCUUUUUUGUCUCAUUUGUUCAAUUAUUAAAAUUUUAUUAUUUCAUUUGUGUUCUUAAAUUUAACUUUUGUCUCCCUAACUUUUUCUCUACCCCGUCCUUCUACCUCCAGUCUCUUUUACAGACUCAUGAUUCUGUGGCAUCUAAAAACUACGAGACCCCACCACCCAGUCCCCUGUUGGAUCCAACUCUCAGCAACCAGCCAGUCCCACCAGAUGCUGUACGCAUGGUGGGAGUCAGAAAGAGUGCUGGGGAACAUCUGGUAAGCUGAAAAUCGCUGCAGGUACUGCUAGUCCAAGCAGAACAAUUAUGUUCUCAUUGACAUUUGUCACUCUCUUCCUUUUCCACUCCUGUAGGGUGUAACAUUCCGUGUGGAAGGAGGGGAGCUGGUGAUUGCUCGGAUUCUACAUGGUGGAGUUAUAGACCAGCAAGGUCUGUUACAUGUAGGGGAUGUGAUUCGAGAGGUGAAUGGCAGGGAAGUAGGAAGCGACCCUCAAGCUCUGCAAGAUAUGCUACGGGAAGCCAGUGGAAGUGUGGUAUUGAAGAUACUUCCCAGCUACCAGGAGCAGCACCCUCUGCGGCAGGUAGCUUCUGGAAGAAGGCUGCAUUUAUUUUCAUAUAGUUAUCCAACUGAGAUAUCCCAAGUGCUAUAAAGCUUUGACAUCUUAACAUAUUUCUUAGGCAUGACCCCACUUGCCUAACUCAUGGUGACUUUGCAUAUACUAGAGAUCAGGGCUUACAAUUUCAAGUCUUACGCUACUAGACACUCCUAAAAGUUACUCGCCACUGCAAGCAUGGAGAGUCCAUGGUACAUGUAUCUGGUGUGAAUUGUUAUUGGCCAGGGCUGAACUUUCACUUGCCAAUGACUACUGGGCAUGUGGACAUUUUGAGCAGUGCCAUAGAUAACAUAUCCAGUGUUUAGAAGGAUUAAAUACUCAAGAAGGUUAUUAUAGAAGUAAUUUUGUAGGUGACCCUCAAGGGGGAACCCUGAUAAUCAGUCUUAAACCUGUCAAAGAAAGCAUAGGAGAAAUAUAAUCAUAUUUUUGAUGUAUCAUUAAUUCUUCUUCUACAGGUAUUUGUAAAAUGUCACUUUAGCUACGACCCUUCAAAAGACAGCCUAAUCCCUUGCAAGGAAGCUGGGUUGGCCUUUCGGGCAGGAGACCUCCUCCAGAUUGUGAACCAGGAAGACCCCAACUGGUGGCAAGUGAGUGACUAGUGCGAACAGCCUAUUCCAAUCUACUUGGUCAGUAUUCUCUCUGCACUCAGUUCCCUUCUUUCAUUAACUAUUUGUUCCUAUAAAUACUCCAGGUUGGAACACAAUUUUUUAAUGCACUGUAUAGAUAAUGCAGUAUAAAAAAUAUGUAAAAACAACCAAUGCAAAAUAAUAAAACGUGCAAAGGAUAAUCACUCGAAGGUUUCUUUGGUUUUCUCCUAAUCCACAUAUCAUCAAAUGGUUUCUAUGGCAAGAAAUUGCUUGGUCAAUCAAGAGCUUUUUAUUCUAGUCUAUGGUAUUUAAACUUUUGUCAGACCUCCCAACAGUUUCACUUUCAACGGGACAGUCCUGAUUUCUGGAUCCUGUCCUGCCAUCCUUCGUUAGCUCCCUGGUGUCCCACAUCUGGGGACACCAGGAAACAAGCACCAGAAAACCUGGCAACAUAGUGCAAGUGCAUUAUUAGACGUGCUCCGACAAUACACUGAGCUUCUUGAUGAACUGUACACAAAUGUUAUUAGAGCAGGUUAGGAGGAGGGACAGGAAGGGAAUACAGUAACAAGCACAAAGGAAGUAUUUUAGAAUGGAGGAGGUUGGACAAAGCGUUAAAAGGGGUAAACUAUAGAAAUUUGCAAAGCAUUUAUUUUUGAUUUUGCAAAAAAAUUUACAAAAUUGGGCAUGCAAAAUACACUAAUUACUGAGGAUGAAAGAUAUAAAAUGCAUAAAUGGUGUAUUGGUGCCUGUCCUCUUAAUUUAUUCUUACCUGUUUUGGCAUGAGCGAUGAAUUUAUUAAAAUUCACCUUGUACACCUGUGAUUUUAGACAACUGUGAGUGCUUUGUCCCACAGUUCUAUUGAUGUAAUUGACAUUUUUACUCAGUCAUCUGAUUUCUCUCUUUUAACUUGCACACUCAGUUCCCUUUAUUGAGGGAGAUUUAUCAAGGCAAAGCAUGUGUUCUUCUGAGUGCAAAGUGUUAAAGGGAAACUAUAGGCUAGGAAUACAAAAUUGUAUUAUUAGCCCAGGCAUAGGCAACCUUUGACACUCCACAUGUUUUGGACUGCACCUCCCAUGAUGCUUUGCCAGCAUUAUGGGCGUAAGAGCAUUAUGGGGGAUGUAGUCCACAACAUCUGGGGUGCCGAAGGUUGCCUAUCCCUGUCCUAGCUUAUAGUGCACCCUUGCUUGCGCCUUUUGUCACUUACCUAAAUCCAGCUCCAAAGUCGGGCUCUGCCUUUGCUCCUCCUCCCCCGACAUCGGGGACCUAAUGCGCAUUGCCGGAGAUUGCAUUAGGACAACCCCAUAGUAAAGCAUUUAAUAAUGCUUUCCUAGGGGGUUUUAGCAGACGUUGUCAGUCAGUUAGGAGACAAAAAGUCUGGUAGUCAGCCACUAGAGGUGGAGUUAACCCUGCAAGGUCAUUAUUGCAGUCUCUCAAUAACUGCAAUAAUUACCAUUGCAUGGUUAAACUGACAGGGACACUGCACCCAGACCACUUAAAUGAGCUGAAGUAGUCUGGGUGCCUAUAGUGUCUCUUUAAAUCAGGCUUCCCCAAACUCAGGCCCUCCAGAUGUUACUGAACUACAACUCCCAUGAUUCUAUGAAUGAAAUAGAUAGGCUGAGAAUCAUGUGAGUUGUAGUUCAGCAACAACUGGAGGGCCGGAGUUUAGGGAAGGCUGCUUUAAAUGUUUUGAGAUAUUAUAUUGGCUUCUGUUUAGAAGUUUGCCCCAAAAUUGCACCAUUUUUUUCUUUGAUAAGUCUCCCAACUUUGUUUUCAUCUUGUACUUUAAGUCUUGAUUCCUUUUAAUUCUUCUCAUUCUCUUAAACCUGUUUCCCCCAUGUUCAUACUCUAUAUCCUGCCCUUGCAAACUUUCUUGGUUCUUCUACCACGCACAUUGCUAUCUCUUCUUCUUUGCAUUCCUUGACUUCCCUCCGUCACCUGAUUUUCUGUUUAAUCCACGUAGGCCUGUCUGGUAAAGGGUGGCAGUGCCGGGUUGAUACCUAGCCAGUUGCUAGAAGAGAAGAGGAAAGCAUUCGUAAAACGGGACGGAGAACUAACCCCAAACUCCAGUCAGUAACAUUUAACCCUUGACCUUUGCUGCUAACACUGUACAUUGAUUAAAAACAUGCUAAAACUUGUAGAGCCAAAUGAAGUACAUUCUAUCGGCACAUACCUAUUUACUCGAAUCUAAUGCGCACCUCAAUUUUUGAAACCUGGAAGUUGAAAAAUGAUUUUGCUGGUGAAUGUAAUGUGCGUUUAUUCAAGAAGAUACUACUUUACAACAUUGUGCUACAAUGAAAAUGUUUACUGCCAUACAUAAUAGUAACAUUGAUGGUAUGUAAAUUUUAUUGUUACAUGUUAAACCUAUUCUUUCUUAAAGGACCACUAUAGUGCCAGGAAAACAUACUCGUUUUCCUGGCACUAUAGUGCCCUGAGCAGGGGCGUUUUAGCCACGAGGCAAACAAGGCAUUUGCCUUGGGCGGCAUUUUCCAGGGGGCGGCAAAAAAAGCCGCCCCCCAAAUGCCCAGGGCAAAUGUCUUGUUAGCCUUGCGGCUAACUGACAUGCCUAGCGGGCGGGCGGCGCUGGGUGGGCUGCGCUGGCGAGGGAGCUCUUCCUCUGAGCUGUCUGCUCAGCUCCCUCGCACGCCGCAGAGUGAGGCUGGGAGCCGGAAUAUGAUGUCAUAUCCCGGCUCCCAGGCUCACUCUGAAGUGCACGAGGGAGCUGAGCAGACCGCACAGAGGAAGUGAUCCCUCGCCAGCCACCCGCCCAGCCCAGCAGCCACUGGACAGCCAGGGAGAGAGGGAACCCUCCCCCCCUCAGCAUUCCCAAAGUUAAGGGGGGAGGGGGGGUUAAAAAAAUAAAUAAAUGUGUUAAUGUGAGUGUGUGUGUGUGUGAGUGUGUCUGUUUGUGAGUGUGUCUGUUAGUUGUGUGUUAGUGUGUGUGUGUGUGUGUGUGAGUGUGUCUGUGAGUGUGUCUGUGAGUGUGUCUGUUAGUGUGUUAGUGAGUGUGUCUGUCAGUGAGUGUGUGUGUCUGUCAGUGAGUGUGUCUGUCAGUGUGUCUGUCUGUUAGUGAGUGUGUCUGUCUGUUGGUGAGUGUGUCUGUCUGUUAGUGUGUGUGUCUGACUGUUAGUGUGUGUGUGUCUGACUGUUAUUGUGUGUGUGUCUGACUGUGAGUGUGUGUGUCUGCUAGUGUGUGUCUGCUAGUGAGUGUGUGUGUGUGUCUGCUAGUGAGUGUGUGUUUCUGCUAGUGAGUGUGUGUGUCUGCUAGUGAGUGAGUGUGUUUGUGUCUGACUGUGUGUGUAUGUUUGCCUGUGAGUAUGUCAGUGAGUGUGUGUGUGUCUGCUAGUGUGUGUCUGCUAGUGAGUGAGUGAGUGUCUGUGUGUGUCAGUUAGUUUGUGUUUCUGUUAGCUAGUGUAUGCGUAUCUGUCAGUGAGUGUGUGUGUAUUUAGAAGGCAGGGCGGGGGGAAGGGAUGGGUGGGGGUCGCGUGCCCAUGGGGGGGCUGUGGGGUUUGGGGGGCGCCUGAGUUUUGUCCUGCCUAGGGCAGCACAAAACCAGGAUACACCACUGGCCCUGAGGGUGCCCCCACCCUCAGGGACCCCCUCCCGCCGUGCUCUGGAGAGAGGAAGGGGUUAAAAUCUUACCUUGCUCCAGCGCCGGGGCGGGGAGCUCUCCUCCUCCUCUCCGCCUCCUCUCCUUCUCUUCGGCUGAAAGCGCAUGCGCGGCAGGAGCUGCGCGUGCCUUCAGCCAGUCUCAUAGGAAAGCAUUCAUAAUGCUUUCCUAUGGACGCUUGCGUCUUCUCUCUGUGAUUUUCACAGUGAGAAGCACGCAAACGCCUCUAGCGGCUGUCAAUGAGACAGCCACUAGAGGCUUUAAAAGCUUGGAUUAACCUAUUUAUAAAAAAAUGGGUUAACCCUAGCUGGACCAGGCACCCAGACCACUUCAUUAAGCUGAAGUGGUCUGGGUGCCUAGAGUGGUCCUUUAAGCCCUUGAAAUGAAAUUCGCCUGUGUGAAUUUGCCAGUUUUAAUUCGCCUCUGUGAAUUCGCCAGUUUUAAUUCGCCUCUGUGAAUUCGCCAGUUUUAAUUCACCUGUGUGAAUUUGCCAGAAUGGAAUUCGCCUGUGUGAAUUUGCCAGUUUUAAUUUAAUCUAAUGUGUAUUCAAAUUUUUUAAACUUUAUUUUCCAAAAAAGGUGCGCAUUAGAUUUGAGUAAAUAUGGUAUUUUAAGUGUACCUGACAACUGGGAAAAAAAUACAUGAAUUAACCAUGUUUUAAUGGAUGGGAGUUCUCAGCCUUUAAGAGACAAAGAUUAUUUUAAAGUAGGCAUCUUAAUCACCAACUGUGUCCAUUUUAUUCUCCAAUACAACAUGUUGAUGAUAGAAAAUAUUAUUUUCUCAGCAUUUAACAGGCAAAAAAAGUACAAACUCGGCCGUCUUUAAAGCAGGGCUUUAAUGCUUUUCAAAUUCUGUGUAAAGUAAAAGAUUGGGCACUGAUUUUAAUUAGUUUAUUUAAUUUGCCCACACAGACACAGCUCUGCGCUAUUCAAAAGUUGUUCUGUGGCACUUGUUUUGGUGAAGGCUACUAAAUUCUAUAAGUUCAUUAAUAAGUUCAUUGUGGCACUGAGCUUAAUAGGACAUGUAAUACACAUUGCAUUUCAACAAAGAUGUAUACAAAUAACCUGUACUGUCCUUUCAAAUUCACCAGCAAACAUAUGGAUUUAAAAAUACCCUUAACUGAGGAUCACAUGUCUCUUCAAAGGGCCUAUAUCCCAUACCUCCCAAGUGUCCCUAGUUAGGAGGACAGUCCCUAUUUUGGGCCUAAAUCCCUCUGUCACUCUUUUCUAUUCUAAUGUGCUUCUCAUGCACAAUUGCGUUCUGCCAUCUUUGUUGUAGCGUUUGGAAUUUUGGCAAAGGUUGGUUAAAAUGGUAAUUAACUCUUUUCUACUCGUUUACACAUUUACACAGAAAAAAAAAAACAGAACUCUGUCAAAGAGGACAUAAUUAUAUAUACCCAAACUGUAAUUGUGCUUUGUGUAACAUCUUAUUAAUGUAAAUUAAUGUACUUCUUUAGGUGCGCUGUGUGGAAGUAUUGGUGGAAAGAAAAAGAAAAGAAUUAUGUAUGUCACCACUAAAAAUGCAGGUAAAUUAAGACAUAUAAAUUAAUAUGCACAUUGAUAUAUACAAUUAAAGGGGCAGUAAUAGGUAUAGAAAAGUAUGCAAUAAACAUCUAGAUAUAAUAAUUAUUUUUGUGGACACGUAGACCACAAAUUAAUUCCUAUUUGGUCCAUGAAGAUACUAUGUUAACAUGAAGUCACACUUAUUAAGUGUCAGCAGUUUCUAUUAAACUUUUCAUAUAUAAUAUCCAGUCUAUGUUAAAGAGACAUUAUAGGCACCCAGGCCACUUCAGCUCAUUGAAGUGGUCUGGGUGCAGUGUCCCGAUUGCACUUAGUGCUGCAAUGUUUACAUUGCAGCACAAAAUCUGCCUCCAUUGGCUGUCUGCAUGAGGACAUCCAGCGUCAGAUUUGUCCCCAUAGGAAAGCAUUGAUUCAUUGCUUUCCUAUGGGGAGGUCAAAAGCGCGUGCAACAUUUGCCGCCCAUGCGCACCAGUGCCAGCUCACCGUGGGACGUCGGAGUAGGCAGAGCCGAUACCCAGCGCAGAGGGACAUCGGCUUGAGGGUCAGGUAAGUAAAUGAAGGGUUUUUAACCCCCUAUCCAUGAACUGGGGGAUGGCUGCAAGUGUGGGGAGAGGCAGAGGGAGCUAUAGUUCCUGGCACUUAUAGUAUCCCUUUAAAGGUGCACUACAGAUCUCUAAAGCACUUUGUGUGAACUCUUUUUUCAUUUUACAAAAGCACAGAUUUCAAUAGAAAUUAGCACUUUCAUAAGUUAACAUUUUUCAUCCCCCUGGCUGUAAAUCAGACAACCACUCCUUUUACUUCCUGGUUUGUUUAGCUCAGUGGCUCUAAACUCAAGAGCACCUGCCUUGCAAAGACUUCUCAUUGAGCUGCAUUGUUAAGCCUGUGAUUGGACAGUCACAGAAAGUCUAGCCUGGGUUAGAAGGGGAGGGCUUGCAAAGGCUGCAGACAAAUAAUAUGCAGCUUUUGCAAGAUAUUUUUAGAUAUAUCCCCAGUGAAAAAAAAUGCAUAUUUUAAUGUUUUUAAUUGUUUGUAAUUGUUUUUUGUUUUUUUGUUUUUAUGAUUUGGUCAGUGGAGUGUCUUUUUAAUGACAGGACAUCACUGAUGUUAAAAAUUCAGUGUGCACUUUAUUAGGUACAUCUUACUAAUACAACAAAUACAGAGAUGUUUAAAUCAACAGACAUUUCGUUAUAUGUAUUCGGUAUAUGUAAUACUUAGCAGGACAAGUCUUUGCCCCCAAAGUAAGCUAAAUUAUUCUGGUGGUUAUUCAACAACAUUCUUUAGAGAUUCUGGUACAUGCUGACAUAACAUCACAAAGUUGCUUAAGACUCUUAUUAUCAUUUGUCUGUACAAUCAGUCCAAGUCACCGAAAUCUAAUUUCUUUCUCAUUUUUAUAUUUGAUUUGAAGAAGUGGACUACUUGACCAUAUCUGCAAGCUUCAUGUAGUGAGUUGCUGCCACAUGAUUGGCUAGUCAGAUAUUUGAGGUAGAGAUAGUGAACUGGGGUACCCAACAAAAUGGCCGCUGAGUGUAAAUUAAAAUUUGUUUUCUAUAUAGUUUCAUAGAAUGCAGAUUUUGAGUAGUUGCCGUCAGAAGUUUUAAAGGGUAGUACAUUGCUGACUGCAAUUUACAAGCUCCAAUGAGUGGUGCUCUAUUUCUUUUACAAUCAAACAGCUGAGAAUAUUUAACCAUAACUAGCUGAAGCAAGGCCAUGUCAUGCUUGUUAUUUAUAUAUCACAGAGUUUGACCGCCAUGAGCUUCUGAUAUACGAAGAGGUCGCAAAAAUGCCCCCCUUUCGCAGGAAGACUCUGAUUUUGAUUGGUGCACAGGGAGUGGGGAGACGAAGCUUGAAGAACAAACUGCUGACCCACGAUUCAGCUAGAUAUGGCACCACAACUCCAUGUGAGUUUAAUUGAACCAAAAAUAUAUUUGAACUGUGCUCCGAGGGCCUAAGCCUUUCUUCCCCAACACAUUUUGGUUUGGUGACCUAGACAUGUAAGUAUGAUAAGUUUAUUACUACCAUGGGACGGGCAUCACAGAUACUGAAAUUAUAUCUUCUCAUUUUGCCAAAGAGAAGCCUCUUGGUUAAAUUGUUCUCUUAUUGACUCUUUUUACCUUUCAAACUCCUCUCAGAUACCUCUCGGAAAAGAAAGGAAGGUGAAUGGGAUGGACAGUCAUACUCUUUUGUGUCACGGGCAGAGAUGGAGCAGGACAUCAAGGCUGGCCGCUAUUUGGAGCAUGGCGAGUACGAGGGCAACCUGUAUGGUACUAAGAUCAGCUCCAUCCAGGAAGUGGUGGCUUCAGGGAAAAUGUGUGUGCUUGAUGUCAACCCCCAGGUUAGAGAAUUGCAAACUCAAAAAUACCAUGAAACAGACAUUUUUGUUCCACUGAUCCUAUUUAUGAAGUGCUUCUUAAAUCUUAAAAGAUAGAUAUAGGUGGAGGAAGGGGACAAGAACAAAUAAACAGAAAUACAAAGGACAGAUAUAGGUUAGGAUGAGAGGAUAAAAAAUAAAGGUAGACAGAGGGGCAGGAGGGCAGGCGCGGAGAGCUAGGGGGAUGCAUGUAGGUAGUUUGAGGUAGAGGGAAGCCAUACAGGCAAAUAGAGGCAGACGUAAAUAAAAUAUCAGAUACUGUGAUGGAGUGAAAAAAUCUGGGUAAAUAGCUUGGUUCUAUGCAUAUACAGCAUACUAUAUAAUAUACAUAUAACAGUUUGGCCUAAAUAUUGUAAAAUAAAAAAAGUUUGUUUUUUUAUUUACCUUUUAAAUGGAAUAAAAAAAUCCCAAUAAGAGUUAGACAGAUCCAAAGCAGGAAAGUAUAUAUGCUCUGCAUAAAGGAGCUGAAAGGUUCUCUGAAGGCAUCCAGAUCUGAAAAUACAAUAGGUGAUAAAAAUCAUUCACCAGGGACAAUGUUUUCAUUGAAGUAUCACAUUUAAGCUAAGAACAUUUUUAAAUCCAUCACAAGAAUGUAGCUGUUACUAAUGUAUUUUUUUUUUUUUAUAGACAACUCAAUGCUGUAUAUACAGUUGCAAGAAAAAGUAUGUGAACCCUUUGGAAUGAUAUGGAUUUCUGCACAAAUUGGUCAUAAAAUGUGAUCUGAUCAUCAUGUAAGUCACAACAAUAGACAAUCACAGUCUGCUUAAACUAAUAACACACAAAGAAUGAAAUGUUGCCAUGUUUUUAUUGAACACACCAUGUAAACAUCCACAGUGCAGUGGAAAAAGUAUGUGAGCCCUUGGAUUUAAUAACUGGUUGAACCUCCUUUGGCAGCAAUAACUUCAACCAAAUGUUUCCUGUAGUUGCAGAUCAGACGUGCACAACGGUCAGGAGUAAUUCUUGACCAUUCCUCUUUACUGUUUCAGUUCAGCAAUAUUCUUGGGAUGUCUGGUGUGAAUCUCUUUCUUGAGGUCAUGCCACAGCAUCUCAAUCGGGUUAAGGUCAGGACUCUGACUGGGCCACUUCAGAAGCCGUAUUUUCUUCUGUUUAAGCCAUUCUGUUGUUGUUACUUCUAUGCUUUGGGUCAUUGUCCUGUUGCAACACCCAUCUUCUGUUGAGCGUCAUCUGGUAGACAGAUGGCCUUAAGUUCUCCUGCAAAAUGUCUUGAUAAACUUGGGAAUUAAUUUUUCCUUCAAUGAUAGCAAUCCGUACAGGCCCUGACGCAGCAAAGCAGCCCCAAACCAUCAUGCCCCCACCACCGUACUUCACAGUUGGGAUGAGGUUUUGAUGUUGGUGUGCUGUGCCUUUUUUUCGCCACACAUAGUGUUGUGUGUUUCUUCCAAACAACUCAACUUUGGUCUUCUGUCCACAGAAUAUUUUGCCAGUACUGCUGUGUUUGCUCUUGUGCAAACUGUAAACGUGCAGCAAUGUUUUGUUUGGACAGCAGUGGCUUCCUCUGUGGUAUCCUCCUAUGAAAUCCAUUAUUGUUUAGUGUUUUACGUAUUGUAGAUUCACUAACAGGGAUGUUAGCAUUUGCCAGUGAUUUUUGUAAGUCUUUAGCUGACACUCUAGGAUUCUUCUUCACCUCAUUGAGCAGUCUGCGCUGUGCUCUUGCAGUCAUCUUUACAGGACGGCCACUCCUAGGGAGAGUAGCAGCAGUGCUGAACUUUCUCCAUUUAUAGACAAUUUGUCUUACCGUGGACUGAUGAACAGCAAGGCUUUUGGAGAUACUUUUAUAACCCUUUCCAGCUUCAUGCAAGUCAACAAUUCUUAAUCGUAGGUCUUCUGAGAGCUCUUUUGUGCGAGGCAUCAUUCACAUCAGGCAAUGCUUCUUGUGAAAAGCAAACCUAGAACUGGUGUGUGUUUUUUAUAGGGCAGGGCAGCUGUAACACACACCUCCAAUCUCAUCUCAUUGACUGGACUCCAGUUGGCUGACAUCUCACUCCAAUUAGCUCUUGGAAAUGUCAUUAGUCUUACAUACUUUCACAUACUUUUUCCACCUGCACUGUAAAUGUUUACAUGGUGUGUUCAAUAAAAACAUGGCAACAUUUAAUUCUUUGUGUGUUAUUAGUUUAAGCAGACUGUGAUUGUCUAUUGUUGUGACUUAGAUGAUGAUCAGAUUACAUUUUAUGACCAAUUUGUGCAGAAAUCCUUAUCAUUCCAAAGGGUUCACAUACUUUUUCUUGCAACUGUAUUUCAAUUUAAAUAAUUUCAUGCCAAGUUCAUAAUAUCUGCCUUCCAAAAUGGCAUAUCCAUGGCAUUUCAUGCUAAUAAUUCUCAUUUGCCUUUGAUUUUGCCCUUUUAAUUCACGAAAAUGUGCCGGCGUGCCUGAUUCAUUUACAGAAACAACUUUGUCGGCACCGAGCAAUCGUUGAGAGACGUGUGCAGCAAAAUUUGACGUGUCUCUAUUAAAUAAUGUUAAAAAAAGAUGUCUGCACAUUUGCUACCCUUGUUGGAUGCCAUUUAGUUUUGUCUUCCAUCUUGGCAUGCAUGCUUGCUGGGAUACUUAAUGUUGCAGUCACGAGCAUGACUGGCACUGCCCCAUACUGUCUCACCAUCUUUUAUAAGAUUCACACAUGUCAGUGUCGGCGGGUAUGCAUGUAAAUUACGUUAAUUUAAUUAAUACUAUUGUGCCGACAGUUUUAUUGAUUUGAAGGUGGUAAGUAACACCCCUGCCUUUUAUUACACAAACACAUCAACGACAAAGGUAAAAUGAUACUAAAAUGGAAAGGUAAAAAAUGUCAGAGUUCCUUUUAUGGGCACACAACUGUAUAAUGCUGAUAAAAUAAACUAUACUUUAAUGUAUGUAGAUCAAAAUACGCUUUUUUACGACUUGAUUGAAAAUGAGAGAAAUCUGAGCAUGUCCUUUCUGAUAAAAUAUUUUAUUAAUAAAUACUUUUAGUGACAGCAGGGUUGUAUAGAUUGUCCAUGAGGAAUGAAAGGAGCUCGCAGGGGAGCAGUGUUUGAUAUGGAUGGAGAGUGACAUGGGUUGGAAUGAGAGAGAGUGGUGAGAAGGAGGCAUGUUAAGACAAUGAAUUGAGCUAUGUGUGUGGUCCAAGGGUUCACAAGACUUCUUAAAUGAUGAUAAAGUUGUGUGUCUGAUAAACACAGAUUUGUAAGAAUGUUUGUAUCUUAACCGCCACAUCUUCUUUUGCUCUCCAACCACCGUAUAUGUUUAUUUUUAUUUUCCCACAGGCAGUGAAGGUCCUCAGGACAGCAGAGUUUGUACCUUACGUUGUAUUUAUUGGAGCCCCUGACUUUGAUACUCUGAAAUCCAACAAUCAGUCAGCUGUGGAGGCUGGUAUGACCAGCAAACAGCUCUCAGUGAGUAUAGAAACGUGUGUCCAUGUUACUUUGAUAACCAAUCUUUAGUUCUUUCAGCUGAGUUUCUUUUCAUUCUGUUUAUUUUAUUGCCCUCAUCUAUACGCCCCUCCUUUUUUCUCAUUUGCCAACCUAGAACUUAUUGGUUCUUAACCUUGUAUGGGACCCAAACUAUGUCAAUGCCAUUAAUGGGCUGAUCCGAACUCCUAAGGAUUGCCGAGGAGAGUGAGCGUCUACAACAGGCUUAUGGCCAUUACUUUGACCUCAGUUUAGUCAACUCGGAUCUGGAUCAGAGUUUCUAAGAGCUCUGGUUGCCUUGGAGAAGCUGCGUUUUGAGCCUCAGUGAGUUCCAGUCAGCUGGGUCUAUUAGUGUACCCGAGUCAUUAAACAGAAUUUGCAAAAUACCUUAAUUAAACUCUUCCCAGGAUCGGUAGGUUCUCAGUUUCACUUGGGAAGACGGUGUCACUAAAGAAAAUGACUCACUGUUGGCCAUUGCCAGCAGCCUGAUACUUUUAAUGUGACUUCUCUGACAAUUAAAAACCCACUGAAACAGCAUGGAGAGACAUAUUUGGCCAUGUGCCGGAGAUUAAGAACCACUGCUCUGACAUCUCUGUUCUGUCGAGUCUCUAUUCUUCUUUUCAUCCUUCCCAUCUCUCUUUUUCUCUCUCUCUGCCUGUUGUUCACCAGCUAUUCAUUCACCCCCACCAUUGUAACUCAUAUCCACUUUGUUAUCUUUUUUAUCAAUAGUUUUUCUGACAGCUCUCAUGAACUCUACCAUUUGUCUUUAAUCCCGAAAGUUUUCUAUUUUGUUUUUAUAAUCUUAUUUCCUCCACUAUUAUCCACUUACUCCCACCCUCCCUCUAACCAAUCUCACUUUCCGUUUUCCAUUUCUUCAUUCUGCCCCUACAGGAUUCCGAACUCCUAAGGAUUGUCGAGGAGAGUGAGCGUCUACAGCAGGCUUAUGGCCAUUACUUUGACCUCAGUUUGGUCAACUCGGAUCUGGACCAGAGUUUCCAAGAGCUUCUGGUUGCCUUGGAGAAGUUGCGUUCUGAGCCUCAGUGGGUUCCAGUUAGCUGGGUCUAUUAGUGUACCCAAGUCAUUCCAACCUUCAAACCUCUCCAGAGCCAUAGUAUGCAUAUUAAUUAUGGCCUCUGCAUUUAGCAGCUGGGCCAUGCUCAUAUAAAUGGUUGCAUUUCUUUUCAUGCCCUUUGUGAUUAUUCUCAUCCCUAUAUGCCUUUCAGAUUACACCCUUCUUGAAACCUUUGAUUGCUUUUUUUUUUUACUUAUUAUUUUUUUGAUUGUUUUAUGAUCUGUCUCAUUUGUUCCCCUCGUAUGUUUUUAUGAAUAUGUAAUUUUACCCUUCAGUUUCUCUUGAGCACCAAAAUAGCACAGCACAGGGAGAGGUCAUUCUUAAAAUGUUUUCCCACUCCCAGCAUUUAACGACAUUAGCACACCUUCACACAUACAAUAAAAUGAGCACUUACACGUUGAAUUUUGGCUUCUACACACAAAAACAUUAAUAGCAGUGAGACCUAAAAAUCAUUUUCCUAUUCUGUGCAUACUGGACCUUGUUAAGUAUUUUAUUGACUGUUAAAAACUUAAAAAGCUCAAAAGCUGCCAUAAUAUAUAUAAAAUAUAUAUAUAAUUUAUUCAUCUUAUAGGAAGUUUUCAGGUUGUGUUCCUCUUGUUAAUAACUAUAGUAAUGGAAAGCACUUUAUUGUCAUGAUCCAUUGCCAAAUUGCUCUCGAGGCAGGCAUAGCUGAUAUUGUGUACAUAUUAUUCCACUAUAAAAGAGGUUCCCAACGUAGUUCUCAAGUCACGUGAUCCAGAUGUUGUCAGUAUCAUCUAGGAGAAAGCUGGAUAGAUAUUGGCCAAUGGUGCAACUACAAACAAAUUGCCCCAUAUGAGAUAGAACCAGCUCUCUAUUCUUGAGUCCCGGUGAGAAAUUGUCCUUUGCUAGUCUUGCAAGUCUUCCCCAGUAUCAUCCUUGGGCCUAAAUCCCAGACUGCAGAUUUUACCCAAGGACUGAGUUUAUGUGUGGUAACCGAUUUUUAUUUUGUCACUUUGUGCAGGACUUAUUCAACAUGCAGGUGCAUUAACGAAAUCUAUAAACACAAAACCACCAUAGAACUGGAAACAUGUUAUUGAGGAUGAAUCAUGGUUUGCAAAUUCUACUCUUCCUGCAUUCCAAUCCCCACGAUUUAUAGACACUAGUACCAUGGGGUCCUCAAAUCCAUUAACUACAAUACUGCAUAAUCUGGCACCAGUAAUAAAGAAACACACAGUCUCCAAUAAAAACACACAGUCUCCUACUUGCUGUAGGACCCUAGCUACCUCUUACCAGUAACUAUGAAGCUGAGGGCUCCAAAGCUUCUGGUCUUCAAAUUUUAGAACAACUGUUCUUAUCCCCAACCAAGUUUUUCAAUAUAAAAUUAGUCAGCCAAUCACAAUGCAGGGGGAUGGGAAAUCAGGAGGCAAAGUACCAUAUAAUUACCUCUUUCUUCAGUAGGCCCUCAUUUUUUAACCUUCCAAUCAUAAACCUUGUUAAUGCCUCUACCUGCUAUUUAGCUACUCACUAUCUGCUCACAGUUUUAGUGGAGUUAGAAGGUCAACCAUUGGUCCUUAGUCUAGAUAAGGCACUACAAGAGGUAACAAGGAGAGGUAAAGCCACUUGGCUUUAGAGUAAACUUGAAGGAUAUCAUAUCCCAAACCUCAAGUGAAUAUGAUGCCAAGGAAAAUAAAAACACUCACUAGCUACUAGGUUUAAAAAAAUGUACAGUCUGUAUUUGUACAUAAAAUGUGUUUUCUAGCCUAUCUGGAAACCCACAAAUCUGAUGUUUUAUUAACUAUUACAGGUAGUGCAUUGACCUACUGAGCUAUCUCACCAGCAUGGGUCUCAAAUGAGAAUGUCGGCAUGUUGAUGUUGAUGUAUAACGUUUGAUUUUAGUCUUUCCUCAAGAGACUCAGUCGAUGUUAUAGGUAAUUGAUAUAGUGGCCAAAGCAUUUCAUCACUACUACAAUAACAUAAGGCUCUUCAUGUACUCUAUAAUAUCAGCCUGACAACUUUUUGUGCUGCCAUUUUUUAAACAUCAUAAUAUUUAAAGGAAUCGUAAUGUAUUGCUAUGCUUAUAUUAAAGUUUUUACUUUUGUAUUAACACAGAAGUACUUAUUAUGUUUAAUAUGUUACGUAAGUUCAAUAAUUCACUAUUUUUAUGAAUGGCAGUGUUCUCUACCCCUAAUUUUACAUAUUGGUCUCUCCAGUUUUCUUGGCGCUGUGUGAGGGCCUAUCUGUUUACUAGUUACUUUGUAGAAAAAGCUGAUUGUGGACUCUUUCAUGGCCAGAUAGGCAAUCCAGGCAGGGCUGUACUGCAGUUUGUUAUUCACUCGUGGUUUAAAGAUUAAGUUGAAAGGUGUUGCAUAACAGUAAAUAUUGGACUUUCAAACAUUUCAAAGGAUCUGUUUCUACUAUUUUGUUUACUAAUAUCUAUACUCGCCACCUUUAUUAGUAUAACUUUUUAAAUUUUUUAAGAUUAGUUAAAGGCACAUUUUCUUAAAAAAAAAUCUGUUUAUUAUUAUUAUUGUAUUUUUCAAAUUGAGGUAUCGUUGUGCAUAAUUUAGCCGCUUAGAUUUACCACCAGGUUCCGUACGGAGACCAAUGUUGGAUCUCUGAGGCAUAGCUUGUCUGGGUGGAGAAAGUGGCAUUUAGCUCAUUUGAUGCCAUUCACCAUUUUGCCCAAACUUUCCCCUCCUAGCUUUCUAGACGAGUGUUUCCCAAACAAGUCCUCAAUCAAGACCCAUUAGCCAUCUAGGUGUUGACAGUAUCUCCAUUAGGGAAAUACAUAAAUCCUGGAUUAUUGGUGGGCCAUGAGGACUGAUCAUGUUCAAAUACAGCACAAUCAACUUUUGUAUAGCUUUUGCACAAUUAAAGUUUUUUCCGACAGACUCUUAAUCAAAUGUUUGUCCACAAAAAAACAUGAUGAACCUGACUGGUAGAUAUGUAUCAGUUUAACCUACAUUAAUAAAACCAUGGCAAGUGGUUUAACAAAUUCCUUUCAAUAUGACAGGCAUCGCUGCAAAUCUGGUCAUCAGUCAAGAAAGGGUCCAUAAUAGCUUUGGUAAAGUGAAACCGUUUGGACCCCUUCACAAUGUUUGCUGUAUAGUGUCUUCCAGAACAUUUUUUUGGAUCUUAUUAGAGAAUCCAAUUCUGAAGGUUAAAUGUGUGUGUUAAAUAAUUCUGUAACCAUGGGAAUUCCACAGCAUAACACUGCCAAAUAUAUAGGAGAAAUGUAUAUACAUAUAUUCUCACCAUGUAAUUAGUGUGUUCUCCUUGUGUAUGUAGAAUGUAUUGUGCUGUAAAUUUUGCACUUCAAUAAAGAGAAA